CAGACACGGUGUACUUGUCUGAGCAGCCAGAUUCUCCCCCACGGUGUAAAAGCAGACUUCAGUGAUGGAGUUCAGGGAGUUUGGCGCAGACGAGAGCUCCGAGGAAACGGAGCAUUUGGACAGCGUGAAAGCAUUGACAGAGAAACUCAAACUUCAAACGCGCAGACCGUCGUACUUGGAAUGGAAGGAGCGACUGCAGACUCGCCCGUGGACUGAUGCCACACACAGUUCAAGUGUCAGCUCAGGAUCUGUGGAGAAGGAUACCAAUCUAUCCGACAUAUUGAAAGAUGGAAUGCCUUAUAAGAACAUUUGUGGCUUUGAUAAUAUAGACGACGCGUUAGAGUGGCUCAGAAGAGAACUGAGAGAGAUGCAGAUGCAGGAUAACCAUCUUGCACGUCAGUUGAUUCACUUGCGGGGGGAGAUCCACAGGCUGAAGGUGGAGCAGGUGUGUCAUCGUCACAAAGAGAUGCUGGAUAAUGCAACGUUUGAGCUGGAGGAGUGCGAGGAGGACUCUGACCUGCUGUGUGACAUCCCCAUGAAAGCCACCUUCACUCUGUCCACCCCUCUUAAACAUCUGGGUCUCACCAAGAUGAACCUCAACUCCAGAAGAUUCUCACUGUGUUGAGAGGUGGGGAGAGGAGAGAUGCCACCAUGUAACCAGAGAACUCACUUCAGAACUUUUCUGGAUGUUCCUAAUAGGGGUGUAAAUCGGACGUUUAAUCACAAUACGAACUUAUAUAGAUUAUCUUGGCCUGCGAUCCGAUAUUUGCAGAUACUUCAAAGACUGCAAUACGAUUUCAAUUGUAUUAGAUUCAGGGCCCUGCGAUCGAUAUUCUGAUAUUAUGUGCCUAUUUUACAGAAUCAAUAAAAACUUGCUAUCAAAUGUAACCAAAAUAUAAUUUGAAUAUUUAUUGAGCUCUCUGAAAAGUGCAAAUUUAGUAUCCACAUUGGGACUUCCACAACAAAAUAGGGUAUUCCACUUGUACAAAUAAUAUAAAAAAUAACAUCACACACAAGUGAUCAUCAAUUGUUUGAUUACAGCUUAUUUUUCAGUUUAAUCCAAUUAUGCAUACAGACACGGCUGAGAUGAGAAUAUUACGUAAAAUGAAGGUACAUCUUAAAAAAAAUUCUAUAUCGAUAUUUACGCAAUGUAUCGAUAACAUUGGAUCAUUGGUUAUUGGAUCGAUGCAUUGAUCCAGAUCAAUGAAUCGUUACACCCCUUGUUCCUAACACUGGAAACCAACAUUUUAGUUCAGUGUGCAUUAAGGUUGGACUCAAAUAAUAAUAAUAUUAAAAUGCUUAAGUUUUCUUUACAUCACUUUCCAUUCUUGAAUUUUGUUUGCCUUGACUAGAGGUUGCCAUUGUACCACACAAAUUAGGACAAUUAACACCAACCUAGAUCUCUUAUUCAGAUACUGCAAUUCAACCUGCACUUCACUGACGACUCUUCUCUACUCAGGAAAAUUGACUCACCACUGGUCUGAUAUCAUGACGUAUUGAAAGCAGAGUUAAGAAAGAGUUUUUUAUGAACAUUUAAAAAUAUCUGGACUCAUCUGAGAAUCAGGAGGAACCUGCUUCGGUGUCAUUGGCACACAUUUCCAUCAGUGUUCCUGGCUGCUCAGGGGAGGAAUGGCUCUACUGUCAGUUUGGCUGCUGUCCUGAACAGCAACCUCACAGGAAGUGUGAGUUUGUGUUCAGGCAUUCUGUCAACUUAUCUAUUAAACCCAAAUAUAAUUACACUGGAGUACUCAGACUGCAACAAGUGAGAAGCAAAUGUCAGCCUCUGUUCUAUACAGCCUUUUGUCAACAAGUGUAUGAUUUGGAAUAAUUAGCAGUUUAAAUGUGAGGGUUCAUUUUUGGAUUGAUAUACAGUAUGCAAUCCAUGCUGGAAACUUCAAUUUACAUAGUGAGGAGAGGUCAAUAGACUUAAAUACAUUUUUCUAGAGUUCAGUAUACAGUACCUGCACAGAACCUAAUGGAGUUCAAUUUACUUCUUUAGGAGCACUGGAAAUUAAAAAAAAUGUGGGAACUUUGUGCAUAGUUUUUUCCCCUCCCGUUUUCUCCCCAAUUUGGCAUGCCCAUUUCCCAAUGCGCAAGUCCUCGUGAUGGCAUAGUGACUCACCUCAAUCUGGGUGGUGGAGAACGAAUCUUAGUUGCCUCCGCAUCUGAGACAGACAAUCCCACAUCUUUUCACAUGGCUUGUUGAGCACAUUACCGUUGAGACCUAGCGUGUGUGGAGGCUCACGCUAUUCUCUGUGGCAUCCACACACAACUCACCACUUGCCCCACUGAGAGUGAGAACCACAUUAUCGACAAUGAGGAGGUUAACCCAACGUGAUUCUAUCCACCCUAGCAACCGGGCCAAUUGGUUGCUUAAGCCUGACUGGAGUCACUCAGCACACGCUAGAUUUGAACUUGUGACUCCAUGUGUGGUAGUCAGCUUCUUUACUUGCUGAGCAACCCAGGCCCCCCCAGCUUGGUACAGAGUUAAGUGUUUGUGUCAAAAACUCCUAUACAGAUAUCAAAGUUUCUUAAAAGGAUAUUCAUAACUUGAUAAAGUUUUAACUUGACACUGAAUAUGAUUGAAGAAAAGUUUUUUUAGCAAGCUACAUAAAAUAAAAUUUUCUACAUUACAAUGUAAUAUGGAAAAUAUAUAACAGCCAUUCUGCCUUAAAUCAAUGUGUUAAGUGAAAACAAACACAAUGACUAACUUUUCCUGCACAGGGCUAAACAAAACACUACUGUUAAUAAACCAUGUAUGCUUUAUAGCUAUGUGAAUAGAUGGGUGUUUUUGUAAUCUAACAGAAAGGAGAACACUACGCAUUCACUUUUUCUCUCUGGCUAAAAUAAAUGAAAAUGUACAAACCUUAUAAA